AUGGCCGAGGCAUUGGCAGUUCUGGGCGCUGUCGCUGCGGCGGUCCAGUUCGCCGAAGCCGCUGCCGGAGCUCUCAUCAAGACGAUUGGAGUUGUCAGAGGCCUUAGAGAAGUCCCCCCCAAGCUUGCAAGGCUGCUCAGUGAGGUUGAGGCAUCUACAUCACAUGUCGAGUCGCUUUGUUCCAGCCUAUCGCCGCAGCAUGGAGGAUCCGACAUGUACAAGCAGAUCCAAUCCCAAGCGCACCUAGACGGGCUCCUUGAAACCAUGACGGCUCUAUACAAGGCGACGCAAGAUGUAAAUUCGUUUCUCGCGCCAAUGGCUGAGUUUGGUCAAGGGUCAGUCGCCAAAGGGAGGCGAAUGGCUCGAAUGUGGAAGUCGAUUGUGUCGCUGAAAAUGGAGAAGGAAUUGCCAGACAAGCUGGAGCGCCUGAAUCGCCUCAACAUCAACGUGGUGCGUGAGCUCUCGCUCGUGGGCUUGCAGGUACAGGUGACGACAAAUACACUUGCGGCCGUGAACAAUGACAUGUUGCUCCGAGGAUUCCAUGACGUGGCCCAGCAGCUGACUACAUUGUCGGCCGACAUGAAGGGUCUUCACAUGGCGGUGACACAACGGCAAAGUAUCAACAACGCCGGUGACUCGAGCUUUGCCUUGACAUUUCAUGAGACGGCCUCGUCUGGUAAUGUGACAUUGUCAACGUCGUCGUCCCUCGCCAACGCACCUACGGCGCCGGUAUCACGGACAAGAAGACCUGCCUCGGUGGAACGACGCGGAACCCAAGUACAGCUUCACCAAAAACAAGCCGCAUUGCCUUGCCCCAGCCAAGGGCCGGGAGGUUUCACAGACUCCCACUUGGACCUGGUUCUUUUCAGCAUUCGCACAUACUACACCCCGGGCGGGUUUGACCCGACGCCGGCGAUGCUGCAGCCGCGCUUUUGGAAGGACUGUAGCGAAAGCAUAUACUUCUUCAAAAUUUCCGACCUGCCCAAGGCUCGCAGGUUACUCGAGAGUUCGACGGCGGCGGCGGCACACUCCAACGACAUUUUCACGCAAGGCGCAACAACCGCCCUCAUCGAGAUACUGAGUACCUUGUCGCCCGUGAAUACAGCCGCAAAUCCCGACGUCCGCAAGGCCCUGCUGUCGUAUUUGCAUUCCUUGGCACUCAAGCAGCUGCCCCGAGAGAGCCCCAUCCUGGUCGUCUUGUCGCGGCUGCAUCAAGGCAUGGACAGCCAAGAGUAUACAUUGACCGCGCUGCAAUGCAUCGUGGACCGGCUGCGCGCGAGCCUCGAGCCCACCAACCCGUUGAGGCUGCACGCCCAAAAGCGACUCAUCGCCCUGCUCCGUCGAGGGCGCGACUACGAACGUGCCCUGCGCGCGUGUACCCUGGCCCUGGGGGAGAUUCGCACAACGGCCGGCGAGGGCUCGCUCCAGGAGAGACAACUCGCCCGUCUGCUGGAGCACAUCUACAUGGACCAAGGCGAUUGGGUCUCGGCUCUCACUGUGUGCUUCGACAUUGUAGGACAGCCUGUUGGGGAGGCGUUCGGGCCCAAUCCGGAUCCUCGUUUCCACGACGAGUGCGCCAUCUGGACCAUGGAGGACAUUGCCAAGAUUUACGAGAGCAACGGCAAGCUGGACACGGCGAUUGCGUGGCUGAAGCAGGCGAGGAUCAGUGGCGGCAUCUUCUGGGGCCCGAGUGUGUCGUUGGAGCACAUCCACGAUAAGUUGAUGCGACUGCUGAAUGGGUGCGGGAGAGGCGACGAGGCUGGUCUUUGGAGCACCGCCUUUGGGCCUGUCGCACGGCACGAUUGCUCGGGACGGCUGGGCCAGGGCGACGGCCGUCUACUUUCACUCGUCAAGAAUGGAAUCGUACGAAGGAUGGAAUGCUUGCUGGCGGCGGUCUUGUCGCGCGGUCAGGCCACCAGCACAGGUCUGGUUGUUGGGUCAUCUACAGUCAGUGUAAUUCCAACAUGUGACUAG